GUAUUCAGUGUACUAGGUUUCCGGGUAGGGCCGCUGUACAAAUUGAACUGGCUUGAAAACAGCCAGCGUGUAAAAUUGCUGAUUUUAACGACUCAGAGUGAAUAUAAACGAUAAUUAAAGUAUUUUAAUGUUUUUUAUAACCCAAGAAAUUAGAUAUUUUUAAAAAAUUAAAAUCUCCUAGUGAUAUGUUUCUAUAUUGCUAUUGGGGAAGCAUCUGAUUCGUGUGGACUCUCGGAUUGGGAUCGUUAAUCUGCAAUACCGUAUGUGUAGUUGUUCAAAGGUGAUCGCUAGGAAAAUAAAGAAACGCUGGCGAGCAACUAAGAUUUAUUAGAAAGAAAGCGAUAUACAUGAAAGUAAAGACCGGCUGGGAAAUGUUACACGUUUAUGGAUAACGGGGCUGAGAAAAAUACAAGCGGGACACAAAAAACAACUAACAGUAAAAUAAAAAGGGAGCUAAUCCGAGUAAAGAGAAGAUGGACAGAGCAAUCGAAGGAACGGAAACGCGAUGAGCGUCUUCACAGGAUGUGUAGAGAAUACAGAAUAACAGUCGGGAUCUAGUGGCAUCAUUAUUAACCAGAUUUGAAAAGACACACUCCUCAAGGGAAUCACACAGCCUUGAAGAUGAUGCACUCGUCUAGAAGAAAACCUGUGCUUUAUUUCAAGGAGGAGAACCGGUCCCGUGUGUUUUUCGGCGUCCUGUCCAGAAAGUGCUCCAUCUUCAAGCUCUUCUGUGUCUGCGUGGUGAUCGGCUUUGCCUCUCUGCUGUGGCUCCAGCUCAGCUGCUCGGGCGAGGUGCCCAGGAGGGGUGUCGAGGACGGCACCCUGCCCCGUCAGCCCUGCCCCCCAGAGAGACAGGCCAGCGCAACAGACGACCCUUCCUGGGGUCCUCACAAACUGGCCCUCCUCAUCCCUUUCAGAGAGCGCUUUGAGGAGCUCAUGGUCUUUGUGCCCUACAUGCACUCCUUCUUAAACAAGCUGAAAGUACGACACAAGAUCUUUGUGAUCAACCAGGUAGAUCAUUACAGGUUCAAUCGAGCUUCCCUGAUAAACGCUGGAUUUCUGGAGAGUGGGAACGACACGGAUUACAUUGCCAUGCACGAUGUGGACUUGCUGCCACUCAAUGAGGAUCUGGACUAUGGGUUUCCAGAUCAGGGCCCGUUCCACAUCGCGUCCCCAGAGCUGCACCCCCUCUACCACUACAAGACAUACGUGGGGGGGAUUCUGCUCCUCACCAAGCAGCAUUACCAAAUGUGCAAUGGGAUGUCGAACCGCUUCUGGGGCUGGGGCAGAGAGGACGACGAGUUCUACAGAAGAUUAAAAGCAGCAGGGUUGCAGCUCUUCAGGCCUACAGGAAUAACGACCGGGUACAAGACAUUCAGACACCUACACGACCCGGCGUGGAGGAAGAGGGACCAGAAGAGAGUGGCCUCACAGAAACAGGAGCAGUUCAAAGUGGACAGAGAAGGGGGGCUGUCCAAGCUGCGAUACAGUGUGGACUCUAAAAGGGAGCUCACAAUCAGCGGGGCUCCAUGCACACUGAUCAAUAUCCUGCUGGACUGUGACCUCAAUGAGACCCCGUGGUGCCUGCUGAGCUGAUCAGAGGUGCAGAGCUCAGGAGACCCUCCUAAUGCUGAGCACAUGAGGAAUCUCUUCUCUGUUAAUACAGGUCUGUGGAGAGUCGAUCCUGCUGGAGUAGGAAGCUGGAAUAUAUACAGCCUGCUGAGAGCAGUGCAGUAUCUGAACUGAUACAAUGAAUUUAUCCUCAUCAUUAUUAUUAUUAUUAUUAUUAUUAUUAUUAUUAUUAUUAUUAUUAUUGAACCUGGCAGUAGACGCUGGGUUAUGAAAUACUGCAUCAUGAGCUUUUGACUUUGCCCUCAUGUUUUCCAAGGCAAUGCUCAAUGUGAACCUAUUUGUAUUUUAUUAGAUUUUAUUGGGAGAUCAAAUCUAGAUUAAUUAGCUGUUCUAGGGCAUGGUGGUCUGCUUUGGAUGUUUUGUUAGCGAGUGUCUCUUUGUUCACAGCAGCAGGGAAUGACUACUCUGAAAGCCAGUCUGCACUCUCACGAGUAAUGGGAUCAUCAAUUGACUUUCGUUAGGCUACAGACUGGUUGGAGUUCUGCCUGUAUUUGCACAAUAUUUAUGUAAAGCUACACUGCAAAAACGCGAAGGUGCAUAAACCAGUUUCAGCUGCAAACCCUCAUGCACAGAAUCUUCUUCAUAAUCCAGCUGCAAACCCUCAUGCACAGAAUCUUCUUCAUAGUGCUGCUGCAAACCCUCAUGCACAGAAUCUUCAUAGUGCUGCUGCAAACCCUCAUGCACAGAAUCUUCUUUAUAGUGCUGCUGCAAACCCUCAUGCACAGAAUCUUUUUCAUAAUCCAGCUGCAAACCCUUGUGCACAGAAUCGUCUUCAUAGUUCUGUUUUUUUUUUUCCAGACCAUGGCAGAUGGAGCUUGCAUGCUUAAACAUAUUCACAUACAUAUAUAUAUAUAUAUAUA